UGGCAGGACCGCAAUCUUCAUCCUCCAAAUCCGUAUAAUUUGUAAUCUAUGGAUAAACAAAUAAAUAGAAUUCUAGGAAAUUAUAGCAUUACCAUUUGCAAUAUGCACAGUAUUAAAAAUGCUAUAAUUAAAUAAUCAUAUUAGAAAUAGGUAGUAAUUUGCUAGCAGGUUUAUAAAUACUCAUGUGGCCACAGCUUUUCGUUCAAAUAUAGAACAGAUUGUGGCGAUUGCAAACAUUAAAUUAUUAUUAUUAUCUCUUGUUAUUUAAAAUAUCAAAAUCAUCACCAAAAAAUCCACCAAGUGUAGCUUCAAAUUAUGUAAAAUGUAGGGUUUACCUAAAUUAUAAUACUUUAGUUAAAUUACAGCUUUCUAAUAUCUACUAAUAAUCUCCGAGCUAAACCACAGAUAAACAGGGGGUCUUGGCAAGACUAUAUCUAUUUUAGAAUUUAAACUAUCGUGAGUGUUAUUCAUAUUAAUUGAUUAUGAAACACGGCUAAAACUCACGUGAUAUUAGGUCGGAGUAUGCCCGACUAGUUUCGAACCCAUACGGGGCCCUUAGUCAUGAGCUGGUUCUUGCAUCGCGGCACGAUCCAUACUAGUCGGGCAUACUCCGACCAAAUAUCACGUGAGUUUUAACUAUAUCUAUUCUUGUUAAAUAUGGAAUUCUUAAAAUGAAAACAAUGUCGAAUUUGUACUGUAAGUUCGUGUUUCUUAUCGCAAUUUCAAUAUUACAAACGUUAUUAUAUAACAAAACAUCCAAAGGAUAUAAAUUAUUUUUUUUAUUACUCCUAAAAAUAACGCGGUAACUAUAGUGACCAAAGAAUACAUACAAAGUUUUCACAAUGUGAAUACUUAAGUUACGUUAAUACGUAAGUUUACAAAUCAGAUGUGGUUCCUUAUUUUAUCGUAUACACACAACUGAUGAUUUCUUUUUACUUUGAAUGUGUGCCAUGUCUGAAUCUGAAGAUGAAGAAUUUUCGGGAAAAUCAGUGAAAAUCACUCUUGUUGGCGAACCUUCCACUGGAAAGAGUAGUAUAUGUAACCGGUACCUGGGCGGCUGCGGCGCGUCGUGGGGCAGCACGCAAGGCGCGGAGGUUAGCGCGGCGCAGUGGGCGGGCGCGCGUCCACCCACCCCACUCCAAAUAUGCGACGUGGCGGGCGCCGCACUAGGUAGUGAUAUGCUGCCCAACUACUUAUACGCUUCUGAUGUUGUAAUAUUCGUUUACGAUUUAACAAACUUACAAAGCUUCGAUAAACUGGAAGUAUGGAUGAGAGCAAUCAAAGAUAACUUCGAGGCUGAGACGAACAAGCCGUUGAUGGCUCUGUUUGGCAAUAAAUCGGAUUUGGAGCAUCAGAGGGCGGUCAGGUUGUCUUGUGUCCAAAAGUUCUCAUCGGAACAUCUUUUGGAAAACUUUAAAGGAUCAGCGAAAACUGGUGACAUGGUGAACACAGCAUUUUCAAAGUUAAUAGCAAGAGUAUUGGGGGUUCAAAUGCCAGUCGAAUUGGUGGCUCACAGAAAAUCCACGGACACUCAAAUAUCUGAACAAAUAAACGGACACCCACUUCUGUCUCCGAAUGACAAUAAUACUUUGAUUAUGAACAGAAAAAUGUUACGGAAAAUCCAGAGAAAAGACUCCUCAUCAAUCUGUUCUAUCCAAUGACCGAUAUUAAACAGUUUUGGAAAAUAUACUAUGUUUAUUUAUAUCUUAUUUUCAUUUUAAUUAUAAGUUAAUUAAAUAUCAUAUUAAAUUAACUCAUGAUAUUCGUCAUGGUGUUGCUAGGUCAACAGCAACACUGUAAAGAAAUUUUGUAUCUUUACCAGAUUGUAAGAAAUCUUCCUCAUAUUAUGUAUUGUAUCAAUCCAAUGAGUUGCUUUAUAUUAGAUGUCAUUUUGUUAUUUUACUUGAUAACAUAAUGGAGGAUAAUGGGGCGAUUAGGCUAAAAAUAAUGCCAGUUUAAAAAAAACAUAAAAUAUAGUUUGAAAUAGUAUCAUCAUCAGCCUAUUUUUAAUUGGCCACAUGUAGUCGUCUCUCUUGUAGUAAAGAGAGAGAGUUAAUUGGAGCUUUUAACCCCCCCCCCCCCAUACCAACUCCUUCCUACAUGGCCAACUUCUAAUUUUAUAGUUAAGUAGUACGUACUUGUGAUGACAAUAAUUUAUAAAAUAAUAUUUAAGCUACUAUUUUGAGACUGAAUUCUAAAAUA